AUGUAUAACAAUUUAUUACUAGGCAAAACCCCUACUAUAGCAAUAUUCUCGGGAGAUACUUGUGGGUGUAGCGUUUGUCUAGUUUCUCAAAGAGAUACAUGUGCGUCAAAAUGUAUAUUCGGUGCAAGCAACAAGUUCUACAGCGUUGUGAUUGGCUAUCAAUCAUCGCGCCACACUCCUAAACCGGAUAAUAGCUUACAUCAAAGUUUUGUUAUAAAAGUAUCCAGUUGUGAGAAUGAUAAAAUAUUUUCCACUUGGCACCAAUCAUUAAUUAAAUCGGUCACACAUAUACUGAAAAUGCACUUUUAUACCACCCCAAACCGUACACCAUGCAGGAGCAGCUUCUCAACAUAUAUGGAAAUAUUUAUUAAAGAAAAAUAUGUAAAAGAAAACAGACACAGUGUGGUGCCCAUUUUUCUCCGGAUAAGGUCAGCUAGUUACACGUUCUGGAGCCAAGCAGCCAACUCUCUCAAAUCAUGGCUAGUUUUUAGACUGGCUCUCUGGUCAUAUUUCCCAAUACUGAGCCCUAAUACUUGUGGCCAAUUUUGUGUCUAG